GGCGUGUCCCCUACACUGCGCUCCUCUCUCCUCUCACAGGAUCCUCUCCAUACGCCAUGGGCUUGGAGAAGGAGAAAGCCGAUGCUCGGAUCUUCAUGGAUGAAGAUGACUUCAACCGAUCAGACAUGCCGAUGCUGACCGAGAAGACCUAUGAGAUCAACCAGCGCGACCGGGACCCCAACAACCUCAACAGUCACCUAAAGCUCGGCUUUGAGGAUGUGAUCGCAGAGCCAGAAACCACUCACAGCUUCGAUAAGGUGUGGAUCUGCAGCACGGCACUCUAUGAAAUCAGUAAAUACCUCGUCUACAAGGUGCUCACCGCGCUCCUGGCCAUCCCACUGGCCUUUGUCAUAGGACUGGUCUUCGCCAUCCUCAGCUGCCUGCACAUCUGGAUCGUUAUGCCAUUUGUGAAGACCUGUCUAAUGGUGUUACCAUCUGUACAAGCGAUAUGGAAGGGUGUUACAGACAGCCUCAUAGCCCCUUUAUAUGCAAGUAUGGGGCGGUGUUUUUCAUCUGUUAGCGUGCGAGUAGACAACAGUUAGGCUUUUCUGUACAAUUCAGAUAUCAUGAAUAUGCCAAAUGUCAAUUAAAAUACUGCUUAGUACUUCACUAGCCUGCUGAAUAUGUACUGUUCAUGAAAUAUGGCCCUAACACUUCUAUGUGUACAUUCCAGUUCUAGUUCAGAUCCCACUAGAAAUAUAG